AUGUCUGAGAAUAUCCUUUACGAGGCCAGCUUCAAGGUCGCAAACAUCAACAACUCCAAGUAUGAUCGUGUUUCACGAAUUCAGGGCGUGAAUGACCCGUCCUCCGAUACUGCCAUGUUCCUAGACGUCAAUACUGAACUUUACCCUGUCGAGAUUGACGAGCGAGUCACAAUUGCUCUGGCACUUUCUCUGAAUUUGGAUGGAAGCAAAGACGAUUCCAAGGGUUGGCGCAAUGUAGGCCGUGGUGAGCAAACCCUUGCAGACGAAUACGACUACGUUUGUCACGGAAAGAUAUACAGAUUCGAGGAAGGCGACGGUCAGAACAUCAAAGUUUAUAUCUCCUUCGGCGGUCUUCUCAUGCUGAUUGAUGGUCCUUACAAUGCCCUUGCUGCGCUCCGGGUAGAUUAUGUCUAUCUGCUCAUGAAGAAAUAA